AAUGAAGGAGUCAUUCAUAUUUGAAAUAUUGCUACGUGCAGAAGUCGGUGUGUAGUCAGGAUAUCGCUCCAUCUCUUUCUUUCAUACAUUGUGAUUUGCGAUGACGUCAUAUCGACAUGUCAAGAGACACUUAGGGUUAUUGUUUAAUAUUUAGCGCGUGCUUCAACAGUUGCAGUCUGACAUUACAACUGGCGUGUGUAAUAAAACAGGCACUAUCCUUAAAUAAAAUAUAGACUGUAAAUAGGUAUUGUAAGCUUUCGGCAAUUCUCCAGUACAAGUUAUCCUCGAAUAUAUUUCUUUCGUAACAUCAACUUUUUUACAAAGAGUGUCGAACUUAACACAGUAUCGUGCAAAAUGUCAAGAAUAUCGGAAUGGUUUUGGACUGAAUCGGUGUGGUUGCCGGCGAAUGUAUCUUGGAGUGAUGUUACAAAUGCUCCUGGAAAAAGUGUGGUGUAUUCAGAACUUAAUGAUUUUCUAUAUGUGUUGCCAUUUGGUGCGAUGAUAUUUUUUGUUAGAUAUCUGUUGGAAAGGUAUUGUUUUAUCCCACUAGGUAGAUUGCUAAACAUUCCAGAAAAAAACGUAAGGAAACUCCUGCAUAAUGAUAUAUUGGAAACUGCAUUUUUGGCGUCGCCUAAAAAAGCUAAUUUCUCAAAGCUUAGUAAGAAAGUUGACAUGACCGAGAGACAAGUGGAGAGGUGGUGGCGUCUACGCAGCAACUCAAACAAGCCUUCCCAAUUGGUUAAAUUCUGUGAGAGCAUUUGGAAAUUCGUGUUUUACAUUUUUGUUACUCUUUACGGCCUUUAUGUUCUUUGGGAUAAGGAAUGGUUUUGGAACUUCGACAAUUGUUUCAAUGGCUACCCGCAUCAGGGCGUUACAGAUGACAUCAGAAGGUAUUACAUGUUUCAAACUGCCAACUGCUGGUACCUACUGAUAUUCCAGUUUAGGGCUGUCAAACGCAAGGACUCCUGGCAGAUGUAUGUUCAUCACUUUGCAGCCAUAUCUUUGCUGUCUAUCAGCUGGACGAACAGCAUGUAUAGGAUCGGCACCCUGGUCCUUGUAUUGCACGACUGUGGAGAUAUCGCCUUAGAAGCCGGCAAGGCGUUAAAGUACGCCAAAUAUCAAAACGCAUGCAAUUGCACGUUUGUAGUGUUCAUAACAGUUUGGAUUGGGACGAGGAUCAUUUUUUAUCCAAACUAUGUUAUUGCAAUUUCUUCGGAAUAUGCUAAAACAGCCACCAUGUAUUAUGUGUUGAAAGCAAUGUUAUGGAUGUUAUUUGGCCUCCACCUUAUAUGGACUUGGUAUAUAUUACAAAUAGCAUAUAAAGCUGUAAGAGCGGGCGAGGUUGAAGGUGACGUCAGGAGUUCCGAUUCAGAAGAAAUCGAAAUCUCAAAUCACUCUGACUGAAAUGGUCUGUAAACAAGUCACAUUUAAGAGUUCUAUGUCGUUAUAGUCAAGAAAAAAAAACGUGUUAAUAAUUUAUCUAAUAAAGAUUUUAUAGUAAGAUUUUA